AAACUAUUCUCCAUAUUAGGCGCUAAUGUUGUCGUCACCGGAAGGAAAGCCGCAGACGUCCAGAGAGUGGCCAAAGAAGUGCUGGAAUUAUCACCAAAGAAACUGAAGCCGUUAGAAGUUGUGGGAGAUUUGACUAAAGCAGAGGACGUGAAAAAACUGGUGGAUAACACUAUUAAAACAUUUGGCAAAUUAGACGUAUUGGUCAAUAACGCCGGUAUAUAUCCUCUGACAUCGAUUGAUAUGACAAAUUUGAUGGAAUUAUGGGAUCAGAUCUUCAGUAUCGACUUGAGAGCUGUCGUAAACCUUAUCCACGAAUUUGUUCCACAUCUGGAAAAAACUAACGGAACUAUUAUUGAUAUCUCAAGUAUCGCUGCAUUAGCACCGGGAAAACCAACGUUGGCCUACAGUCCGGCAAAAGCGGGGUUAGAUAUGUUGACUCGAGUACUGGCACUAGAGUUGGGACCCAAAGGCAUUCGUGUCAAUACUUUGAAUCCCGGUGCUACUGACGUGACCAAACCCGGUAUGAAUAAUGAUAUAAUCAGUGCGACACCAUUAAGACGUAUUGGUGAACCCCUGGACAUCGCUAAAGGGGUGGUAUUCCUGGCCUCUAGUGAUGCUAACUUUAUAACCGGUGCUAAUCUGGUAGUAGACGGCGGACUCGUCUAUAACUUUGGAUCAGUUUUUAAUUAAUUAAAAAUUA